UUUUCAUUUGUUUAGUCCUCAAAACCACAAAAUCCCGAGUCCUUUUAUCGAAAAAAAAUGGAAGAAAAUCCCCAGUCCAAAACCUUGGCUUAGACACAGAAACCCCGGACUGUUAUUCCUUCCAGAACCUCUGUUUUGUUCUAUUUCAUCGACAAUCAGAUAGAACUUAUGAGUGCCAAACAUCGAUUUUAGCAUUGCAUAAAUGGCGCUGAUAAUCCCAACCCAAAUACAACUCAAGCCCCCCAAUCCGCUGCAAAAUCAAAUCUUGCAUCCUCGAGUGGGAUUUGUUACAGUUAGAACCAAGAAAACCAACUGUUUUAGCAGUGAUAAUGUUAAUCAUUACAGAUUUAAGCUCAGAAUAGGCUAUAAAGAUUCAAUUUUUAGAACAAGGGUCUCUGAUGAUAGUGGUGCCAUCCCAUUUCAGCCUUCAUCUUCUGCUGAUGUUGAUGCACGAGGGAGGAGCUCAUCUGGGAGCAGUGAUGGUUAUGUGGCAUUAUUUGUACGGAUGCUUGGAUUGGAUAACGAUCCUCUUGAUAGAGAACAAGCUGUAGUUGCACUCUGGAAGUACUCACUUGGAGGGAAAAAAUGCAUAGAUAAUGUCAUGCAAUUCCAUGGUGCUGUAAAUCUUACUGUUAACCUUCUCAAGUCUGAUUCUGAUUCUGCAUGUGAAGCUGCUGCUGGAAUCUUGAGGACGAUUUCCUCCAUUAAUGUUUACAGAAACACUGUGGCCGAAAGUGGGGCAGUAGAGGAGAUAACUAGCAUGCUUAGACGAAUUUCCUUGUCUUCAAAUGUGAAGGAGCAAGGCUUAUGUACAUUGUGGAACUUGUCUGUAGAUGAGAAUAUCCGAGUGAAAAUUGCGAACUCAGAGCUCCUGCCUUUACUUAUUAAGUUCUUGGAGGAUGAGGACGUACAAGUGAAGGAGGCAGCUGGAGGUGUCCUGUCUAAUUUAGCACUUAGCAAUUCUAACCACAAGAUCAUGGUUGAAGCAGGUGUUAUUCCAAAAUUGGCAAAUCUCUUGAAGAGUAAUGAGGAAGGGUACAAGGUCAUUAGAAAAGAGGCGAGAAAUGCAUUAUUGGAAUUUGCUAAAGAUGAUUACUAUAGGAUUCUAUUAUUAGAUGAAGGUCUUGUUUUGGUUCCUUUGAUUGGUGCAGCUGCCUACAAGUCUUUUAAACCAGCUUUGUAUUCAUGGCCAUCUUUACCUGAUGGCACAAAGCUUGAGCAAGGUUCAACAGCUCCUUCAAGAUAUGGUGCUUCAGAACUGCUAAUUGGGUUGAAUAUUGAAGACCAGAAACUAGAUGAGGCAAAAAAGAAUGCCAUAGUUGGACGAACACAACAACAGUUCCUCGCUCGUAUAGGAGCCAUAGAAAUGGAAGAUGAGAACAAAUCAGACUCUAAAUCAUCCUCAAGUUGGAGGUUCACACUUUUGCCAUGGGUUGAUGGUGUUGCUCGACUAGUUUUGAUUCUUGGACUUGAUGAUGAGUCUGCUAUUGCCAGAGCUGCAGAUUCCAUUGCUGAUUCAUCUGUCAAUGAACAUAUACGCUUGUCAUUCAAGGAAGCUGGAGCAAUUAAUCAUCUUAGUCAAUUACUUAAUCAUCCAAAUGAAACUGUUAGGUUGCCCGUUAUUCGAGCUUUGGAGAGACUGUCAAUCAGCAAUGAUGUUUGCCAGAUAAUUGAAAGGGAAGGUGUUGUUUAUCCUUUGAUUAAUUCACUGAUGCAAUUUGAGACAUCUGGAAGCUCAACAGAGAUGAUUUUAAACAUUCUUAAUCGGAUUCUGGACCCUGAUAAAGAGAUGAAGUCAAAGUUUUAUGAUGGACCAGUUAAUGCUUCAAAGAAGGGAUGGAAUGCUACAAGAAAUUCUCAGUCACCUGGGUAUCUGAAUGAGAUGGCUGAGUCAAAGUCAACAUCCAGUGUGCAAACCAUGUAUGUCAGAGACUUCGUAAAUUCUGCCUUCUUAGCUCGCAUCAUUGAGAUUUUGAAGACAUCAUCCCCCAAUUUGCAAAAGAAAGCUGCUUCCAUCCUUGAGUUUGUCAUAGUUGAUGAUGCAUGUGUGGAAAUGGUCAUCUCAGUUGAUGUAGCAUCUGGCUUAGUUUGUGUUUUCCAACAACGUUUAAGCGAUAUAGAAGCUGACACAGAUGUACAGAGACCAGAAUUAUUGGCCCUGCAAGUUGAAGAAGCUGGUCAAGCAAUAUCAGCAGCAUCCCGCUUAUUUACAAGAUUGCUUGAUUCUGAGCACUUCCGCAGCACUACAGACACACAGCAUUUCAUGCAUUUACUUCGUAAAAUUCUGAUAUCUGAGAUUCCUAUUUGCUACAAGGAUUGGGUUGCUUCUUGUCUUGUUAAACUGAGUUCUUUCUCUGGUCCAAACCUGGACUUUGAGAAUCCAGUAAAUAUGGAGGUAACUCUUUAUGAAACAAUCCCAAGGUUGAUAGAGCAGAUAAAAACCUCAUCUUCACCAGAACUCCAAGAGGCUGCAGUUAUUGAACUUAACAGAAUAAUUUCUGAAGGGGUGGUUGAUUCUACCAGAGCAGUCGCUGCACAGGGUGGCAUUUUUCCAUUGGUCAAGUUGAUUGAAGAGGGUAGCAACCGAGCGAUGGAAGCUGGUUUAUCAAUACUAUACAAUUUGAGCAUGGAUAGUGAGAACCAUGCAGCAAUUAUAUCAGCAGGAGCUGUUCCUAUUUUGAGGAGAAUUGUGCUUUCGCAGAAGCCACAGUGGACAAGAGCUCUUCAUUUGCUCAGGACUCUACCCACCUGAGAAUAGUGUAAAAACUGAAUGUAAUUUCCAUGUAAAUUUUCGCCAUUUUUGGCAAAUGUCAGUCACAAACUAAUUUUUUAGUGGUGAUGAUCCUGGGACGGUAGAAAAAUCGUAUCAACCCAAUAGAAGACCGGGUCCAAUUUUGGAUGUUAAGUAUACACAAUUUUCACCUGUUCUAAUGCUUAGAUGAAAUAAAAGUUGCUUCCUCCCUGCUCCCUCUUCAAA